AUGAGCUCGUCAGAGGCAAAUGGCCAACCCAAGCGGGCUUCUUAUCUCGAUCCUCUCUCGCACCCUGAUAUCUACUACGGCAACGAGGACUCGCUCGCCCGAGCUAGAGAUCGCCGCCGGGCUUUUUCAACGGUAAGCAGCCACAAGUGCUUGUGCGGCUACCCCGCGGAUGACACCCCGGCUGACUUUUCACCUUGCGGUGUACAGAGCUUGAAGGACUACGACCGCGAGAACAUCCAUGAAAUCCUAGGCAAUCUUCCCACUCGACGAGGCAGUCAUGACGAAGCAUCAGGGAUCCCCCGCAAGUUCCUCAUCGAGGUGGACGCCACAUUGGAUGCUUUGUUAAAGCAGGAAGAUACGGACCAGAACAUGCAGAUCACAAUUGAGGAUGCUGGACCAAAGACAAUCUCGGUCGGAACCGCCGGAUCCUCGGGGAUCAAGCGCGUCGAUGUGCGCGGCACAUACAUGCUUUCAAAUCUUUUGCAGGAGCUAACGAUUGCGAAAGACUACGGUCGGAAGCAUAUCGUUCUUGACGAAGCCCGUCUGAGUGAAAAUCCCGUCGCACGCCUCUCUCGCCUCAUCAAGAAUUCCUUCUGGAAUGCGCUUACGAGACGCAUCGAUGGCUCCAAUAUUGCUAGAGUGGCCAGGGAUCCCAAGGAUUGGACCGAUGAUCCACACCCCCGGAUCUACGUUCCACCAGGUGCUCCCGAGCAAUAUGAGUACUACAAAGACAUCGCCGAGAAGCACCCAGAUCUACGGCUGGAAGUAAUUCUUCUCGAUACCAAUAUCACUCCCGACUAUGUCAUGGGGCUUGUCGAUGCUCCGGGUCUCCUGGCAUUGGAGAUGGAGGAACAGUACAAUAUUGAUACCGGAAAGAAAGUGUUCUCCGGUGUUCCAUUCGUGGUACCCGGAGGUCGAUUCAAUGAGUUGUAUGGAUGGGAUAGUUACAUGGUGGCCCUGGGUCUCUUGGUUAGCGACCGGGUUGACCUUGCCAAGGGCAUGGUCACCAACUUCUGCUUUUCAAUCAAACACUACGGAAAGAUCCUCAACGCCAAUCGGACCUACUACCUCACACGUUCUCAGCCUCCUUUCUUGACCGACAUGGCCCUGCGUGUGUAUGAACGGAUCAAGAGCGAGCCCGGCUCGCUGGAGUUCCUUCGCCAGGCUGUUCUGGCUGCCAUUAAGGAAUAUCACUCGGUCUGGGCGUGUGAGCCUCGUCGAGACCCAGUUACCGGAUUCUCGAGAUAUCGUCCUGAUGGAUGGGGUGUUCCACCGGAGACGGAGCCAUCUCACUUCACUCAUAUCCUCACUCCAUAUGCUGAAAAGCAUGGCAUGAGCUUCAAGGAGUUCGUCAAGGCCUACAACACACGGGUCGUGGUUGAGCCUGAGCUGGACAAGUAUUUCCUCCAUGAUCGAGGUGUUCGUGAGUCCGGUCACGACACUAGCUACCGUCUGGAGCGUGUCUGCGCCGACUUGGCUACUGUUGAUCUUAACUCUCUGCUGUACAAGUAUGAAGUUGACAUUGCACGCAUCAUCCGUGUCCACUUCAAGGACAAGCUGCAGAUCCCACAGGAGUUCCGCACGCCUGCUACCAAGGACAUUGAGUUUGAGUCAUCUGCCGUCUGGGAUCGUCGUGCCCGCAAGCGCAAGCAGACAAUGGACCAACUGAUGUGGGAUGGGGAAAAGGGCAUGUUCUUUGACUACAACACUGCCAAGAAGGAGCGUACUGACUAUGAGACCGCGACUACCUUCUGGGCUAUGUGGGCCGGUCUUGCUACGCCCCAACAAGCAGCCAUGAUGGUGGAAAGAGGUCUGCCUCGGCUUGAAGCGUACGGCGGUCUGGUCUCGGGAUCGGAGGAGUCCCGAGGCCCAGUCGGCUUGGAGAGACCCAACCGCCAAUGGGACUACCCGUACGGCUGGGCACCGCAGCAGAUGCUGGCGUGGACCGGGUUCCUGCGUUAUGGAUACCAAGAGGAGGCGGAGCGACUGGCUUACAAGUGGAUUUACAUGAUCACGAAGGCCUUCGUCGACUUCAAUGGUGUUGUCGUGGAGAAAUAUGAUGUGACCCGACCGAUCGAUCCCCACCGAGUCGAUGCCGAGUACGGCAACCAAGGAGCCGAUUUCAAGGGCGCUCCACGUGAAGGAUUUGGCUGGGUUAAUGCCAGUUAUGUUUAUGGCUUGGACAUUCUGAAUGCCCACAUGAGACGCUCAUUGGGAGCCAUCACCCCUUAUGAAACUUACCACAAGGCCGUUACCGCACAGGGCGCCUUCUAA